AUGGCUUCUCAAUCGACAUUACGGCAUUCAGCAGAUCCCCUGGCCGCCCUCUACCACAAAUACUCCGACUACCUACGCCAGCGCCUCAAAGGCACCUCAAGAACUACGAGGCUCCUUGCCACGCUCUUUUUGGUCCUGUCAAUCGUAACGGGUGGCCUGGGAGGCAGAAGAUGGUGGAAGAAGCGCACAGCAGAGAAGGAGCAAGGGAGGCGGCUGCUUCGACGGAAUUCCGGACUGCGCAAUAAGGAUGGCUCCCGCGUUAUAUUUGUGCCUUACAAAGACUCGACCUCCAAAGUCACGAUUCAUCCGACCAAACCUAUGACAUUUGAUGCCCAUCGCCGCUUGUUUCUGAAUCCGCCGAGAGCUGCACGCCUUACAGAUGGCCGCUCCCCCCAAGUUCCGCCGGCCAAUGCGAAACCCGGCCUCAAUCUAGCGUUCUUGCAUCAAUUCCUCAGCCUGUUGAGUAUUAUGGUACCGAGAUGGACCAGUAAGGAGACGGGGUUAUUAUUAAGUCAUGGCAUGUUCCUUAUGCUGCGGACAUACCUGUCCUUGGUGGUGGCGAGACUGGAUGGAGAGAUUGUUCGAGACCUUGUGGCAGGAAAUGGCAAGCCUUUCCUGUGGGGAAUUAUUAAAUGGUGCGGCAUUGGUAGCUUUGCCUCUUACACAAAUGCCAUGAUCAAAUUCCUACAGUCGAAGGUUUCCAUUGCUUUUCGCACACGACUCACCAGAUAUAUCCACGAUCUAUACCUCAACGAUAAUCUCAACUACUAUAAAUUAACCAACCUGGAUGGAGGGAUUGGGCAAGGCGCGGAUCAGUUUAUCACGCAAGAUCUUACACACUUCUGUAAUUCUGCAGCAAGCCUAUACUCAUCAUUAGGGAAGCCGACUGUUGAUCUUUUGGUUUUCAAUUACCAACUUUAUCGAUCACUUGGCCCUCUUGCGUUUGCUGGGCUAAUGAGCAAUUAUAUACUCACUGCUAGUCUCCUUCGGAGACUUUCCCCACCUUUUGGGAAAUUAAAGGCUGUAGAGGGGCGCAAGGAAGGUGACUUCAGAGCUCUCCAUUCUCGUCUCAUCGCAAAUGCUGAAGAGGUGGCAUUUUAUGGAGGCGCAGCGAUGGAAAAGACAUUUUUGGAUAAGGAGUUUAAGAGUUUAAAGAGAUGGAUGGAAGGGAUCUAUACCCUCAAAAUCCGUUACAACAUCCUCGAGGACUUUAUUCUUAAAUAUAGUUGGAGUGCAUAUGGCUACUUGAUUAGCUCAUUACCCGUCUUCUUGCCCGCUUGGGGCGGUCUUGGUGGGAUUCAAGAACUUGCCGAUGCCUCUUCUAGUGGUGGUGGAAGAGAAAGAGGCCGAAUGAAGGAUUUCAUUACUAACAAACGGCUUAUGCUCUCCUUGGCAGAUGCUGGAGGGCGGAUGAUGUACUCCAUCAAAGACCUCUCUGAGUUAGCCGGCUAUACGAGCCGUGUAUACACCCUGAUCUCGACACUACACCGAGUCCACGCAGAUGCCUACUUCCCUCCCCGUGGUACGCAUCCCGAACUAUACUCACUGUCCGAUGUCCAAGGUACAAUUCAAAAGGGCUUUGAUGGUGUCCGUCUCGAGCACGUGCCUGUCGUUGCUCCGUCUAUCUUCCCCCGUGGUGGCGAAGAACUGAUCGAUUCCCUCUCCCUAAUUGUUCAUUCCGGAGAGCAUCUUCUUAUUUCAGGACCCAACGGCGUUGGUAAAAGCGCCGUGGCACGCGUCGUCGCCGGUCUAUGGCCAGUCUACCGUGGCCUUGUUUCGCGCCCUCGUAGUAUUGGGACAGAUGGUAUUAUGUUCCUCCCUCAACGGCCAUACCUCAGCGUCGGGACCCUUCGCGAUCAAGUGAUCUACCCCGAUGGAGAAAUCGAGAUGCGCGACCGAGGGCGUCGAGACAUCGAACUUAAACAUAUUUUGGAGGAAGCACGCCUCGGCUACCUCCCCGACCGCGAAGGGGGUUGGGAUACGAGGAAAGAAUGGAAGGACGUCCUUAGUGGAGGUGAAAAGCAACGUAUGGCGAUCGCCCGACUGCUGUAUCACGAACCCAGGUAUGCGUUCAUUGAUGAGGGCACCAGCGCGGUGAGCAGUGAUGUGGAAGGCCUACUGUACGAGAGAUGCAAGGAAAAGGGCAUCACUCUUAUAACUAUCAGCACGCGGGCAAGUCUGAAGCGUUAUCACACUUUUAACCUAACUCUUGGGAUGGGGGAGGAUGGUACAGAGUGGGAGUGGGAACGUAUCGGGACGGCGGAGGAGAAGAUGGGCGUCGAGAGGGAAUUACAGCAACUGAGAGAUCGAUUGGAGAAGGUGAAGGAGUGGGAGAAUAGGAAGCUCGAGAUCGAGAAUGAGUUGAAUAAAGUAUGGGUCGACGGAGGGAGUGAGUUGGGGAAGCCUGAGUAUGUGGAGGAAACGCAAUCUUAG